CGGUGGUCAUUGCAGAUGCACCUCGAAGAGAUGAGGAGCCAGACCAGAGCCUUGAUCCUGCGAGCCCUCACCCUGGCUGCCCUGCUGAGCCCCCGAGGAGCCGGGGCCCCCAAGGAGCCCCCCGAGGUGACCGUGUUUCCCAAAGAGCCUGUGGAGCUGGGCCAGCCCAACACCCUCAUCUGCCACCUGGACAAGUUCUUCCCGCCAGUGCUCAACGUCACGUGGCUGCGCAAUGGGCAGCCGGUCACUAAGGGUGUCGGCGAGAGCCUCUUCCUGCCCAGCACAGAAUUCAGAUUCCACAAGUUCCACUACCUGACAUUCCUUCCCACGGCCGAGAACGUCUAUGACUGCCAGGUGGAGCACUGUGGCCUGGACGGGCUGCUCCUCCAGCACUGGGAGGCCCAGGAGCCCAUCCAGGUGCCUGAGACGAUGGAGACUGUGGUCUGUGCCCUAGGCCUGGCGGUGGGGCUGGUGGGCAUCAUUGCUGGCACUGUUGUCGUGUGUCCUGGAUGCAUCUCCGGGUUCACAGGUUCCUGUGAAUCAUCUAGAGGGGGGAAAGGGACACAAGGAGAGGCCAUCCAUCUGUUCAAGGUCACACAGCUCGAAAGCUGUUGA